AUGGCGACCAGUUUUGAGGACUAUGUCCCCUAUCUAUCUAUCUCACCAGGUCUGUCUGUCUAUCUCAAUCUAGUCUGUCUGUCUGUCUAUCUCCCUAUCUGUGUCUGUCUGUCUGUCUAUCUCACCUAUCUGUGUCUGUCUGUCUGUCUAUCUCACCCCUAUCUCUCUCUGUCUCACCUGUCUAUCUCACCCCUAUCUCUGUCUGUCUCGUCUGUCUAUCUCACCCCUAUCUCUGUCUGUCUGUCUGUCUAUCUCACCUAUCUCUGUCUGUCUGUCUGUCUAUCUCACCAUCUGUGUCUGUCUGUCUGUCUAUCUCACCUAUCUGUGUCUGUCUGUCUGUCUAUCUCACCUAUCUGUGUCUGUCUGUCUGUCUAUCUAUCUGUGUCUGUCUGUCUGUCUAUCUCACCUAUCUGUGUCUGUCUGUCUGUCUAUCUCACCUAUCUGUGUCUGUCUGUCUGUCUAUCUCACCUAUCUGUGUCUGUCUGUCUGUCUAUCUCACCUAUCUGUGUCUGUCUGUCUGUCUAUCUCACCUAUCUGUGUCUGUCUGUCUGUCUAUCUCACCUAUCUCUGUCUCUCUGUCUGUCUAUCUCACCUAUCUAUCUCACCUAUCUGUGUCUGUCUGUCUGUCUAUCUCACCAUCUGUGUCUGUCUGUCUGUCUAUCUCACCUAUCUAUCUCACCCAUCUGUGUCUGUCUGUCUGUCUAUCUCACCUAUCUGUGUCUGUCUGUCUGUCUAUCUCACCCUAUCUGUGUCUGUCUGUCUAUCAUCUGUGUCUGUCUGUCUGUCUAUCUCACCUAUCUGUGUCUGUCUGUCUGUCUAUCUCACCUAUCUGUGUCUGUCUGUCUGUCUAUCUAUCUGUGUCUGUCUGUCUGUCUAUCUCACCUAUCUGUGUCUGUCUGUCUGUCUAUCACCUAUCUGUGUCUGUCUGUCUGUCUAUCUCACCUAUCUGUGUCUGUCUGUCUGUCUAUCUCACCUAUCUGUGUCUGUCUGUCUGUCUAUCUCACCUAUCUGUGUCUGUCUGUCUGUCUCACCUAUCUGUCUGUCUAUCUGUCUGUCUCACCUUAUCUGUGUCUGUCUGUCUGUCUAUCUCACCUAUCUGUCUAUCUAUCUGUGUCUCUCUGUCUGUCUAUCUCACCUAUGUGUCUGUCUGUCUGUCUAUCUCACCUAUCUGUGUCUGUCUGUCUGUCUAUCUCAUCUAUCUGUGUCUGUCUGUCUGUCUAUCUCACCUAUCUGUGUCUAUCUGUCUGUCUAUCUCACCAUCUGUGUCUGUCUGUCUGUCUAUCUCACCUAUCUGUGUCUGUCUGUCUGUCUAUCUCACCCAUCUGUGUCUGUCUGUCUGUUCAUCUCACCCAUCUGUGUCUCUGUCUGUCUAUCUCACCUAUCUGUGUCUGUCUGUCUGUCUAUCUCACCUAUCUGUGUCUGUCUGUCUGUCUAUCUCACCCAUCUGUGAAUCUAUCUAUAUCUGUCUCUCUGUCUCACCCAUUCAUCUGUCUCAUCUAUCUAUCUCUAUCUGAAAAUUUGAUCUAUCUCAGUUUUAUAUUUAUCUAUCUGUCUAUAUCUCACCCAUCUAUCUCACCCAUCUAUCUGUCUAUCAAUGUCUAUUUAAUUAAUCUAUCUUAUCUAUCUAUCUAUCUCAAUGAAAAUGCAUCUACUAAGACCUAUUUUCAGAGAUCACCUAUCUAUCUAGAUCAGUCUGUUGAUAUGCAGCCAUCAAGUGCCUAA